UUGAUUGAUGAAUUUUUGCAGAACAAAUGUGAAGGUUUGAUGAUCAAAACAUUGGAUAAUGAAGCAACUUAUGAGAUUUCGAGAAGAUCAAGAAGUUGGCUGAAAAUGAAGAAAGAUUAUGUUGAUGGAGUUGGAGAUACUUUGGAUUUAGUUGUGAUGGGCGCUUAUUUUGGUGUUGGAAAAAGAACUGGUGUUUAUGGUGGAUAUUUAUUAGGUUGUUAUAAUCCAACCACAGAAGAAUAUGAAAGUGUUUGUAAAAUCGGAACCGGAUUCACUGACGAAGAUUUGGCUGAACAAUAUAAGAUUUUGCAAGAUAAAAAAGUCAACAAAGUUCCAUCAUAUUAUCAAUUUGAUGCAACUUUGAAACCGGAUGAUAUUUUUGAGCCAAGCAUUGUUUUUGAAGUCAAAUGCGCGGAUAUCACAAUUUCGCCACGUCAUAAAGCAGCCAGUGGAUUGACUGAAGAUGGAAGGGGAAUUUCAUUGAGAUUCCCAAGAUUUUUGAGAAUUCGCGAUGAUAAAAAUGCGGAAGAUGCGACAUCUUCGGAACAAGUUUUGGAAAUGUAUAAUAGUCAAGAAGCAAUUGCAAAUCAAAAAAUUGAAGGAAAAGAUGAAGAAGAAGAAGGAAAUGAGGAAGAAGAUUAUGAAGAAGCUGAAAAUGAUAAGACUAAAAUUGAGGAAAAAGAGGAUGUGAAGAAUAUUUCAACUGGUUCAGCUGGAAGCGCAAAAGAAAAUGAAAAGGUGAGUGAAUUUGAAAGAAAAGGGGAUUUAAAUUAUCAAAAUGUUGGAAAUUACGAAACGCGAACUUUCACGUGGAAAUUUUAAAAAUCGACAACAGCGGUGUUUGCACACAUUUUGUUCUCACACAUCUCUCGCACUCUCCUCGUUUGCCACGCUCUAUUUUUUUAUUCUGAAGAAAAUAUAUUCGGUAUCAAAGGCGCAUGUGUUUUUAAUUUCAAUUGGUCUCGCAGCGGAGGCUAACUUUUUUCCGAGGACCCCUGAAAAUUCCAAAUAAAGUCAUUCGCACAGAUCUCGAUACGCUGAUUUUCACAAUGUACUCAGGGAAUCACGGGCGAGAUCUCCGCGAUUUGCGGGUCGAAAAACCCCGCGAAUUCGCCGCGAACGCGCUUUUUUGUCUGCUGCGCGAUGAAAAUUCCACAAAUUUCUUUUUUUUUCAAACGUUUCUGAUAAUUUAUUCUUAUCGAUUUUUUUUAAUUAAAAUUGUUUAUCUUCGAGCUCUAUUUUCAAAGUUUUGAAAUUUCAACUGGAAAAUUCAUCUAUCUUAAACAAAUGUUUUCUCAGAAACUCGCUUCUUCACCUGCCAAAAAAACUUCACCGAAAAAAGAAGUUCAAAAAACACCAACACCUAAGAAAUCACCGAAAAAAGACGUUUCUUCAUCACCUGCCAAAAAACCUGCUGCAAUUUUCAACACCAAGAAAUCUUCCGCAACCAAAAAACCAAAAGAUGAGUUUGAAGAAAGUUCUGAUAAUAAUUCUGAUCAAGAAGAAGAGGAAAUCAAGAAAUCAGAACCAAAAAGAAAAAGAUCAAGAAUUGCAAUCGAUUCGGAUGACGAAUAA